ACCACAUCCUGGUUUGACUUCACAAGAUGCUGACAUUCAUACAGUUUAACGGUUUUCCUGUCAAUUUUCGGAUCACAUUCAUAUGAAGACAUAUACAUGCUCUGGAAAGGUAUAUUUUCUCUCAUCGCUAGUUUAAGAGCACACACACACAUUCACUGUGUGAUAAAUAAUUACAAACCAUGGUAGGCUACUGUCCAAUCUGUGGGAAGCCUGUCUACUUUGGUGAGAAGAAGAGAUCUUUAGGUAGGGACUACCAUCCUCUCUGUCUGAAGUGUCAGAAGUGCAACAGACAGCUCACAGCUGGACAACAUGCUGAGUAUGACGAGAAGCCAUAUUGUUCACACUGCUAUAUGAAGAUGUUUGGCCCGAGAGGUAACAGGUGACCGAUGUUGCCAUGGCACUGCACAUCAUCCUCAUGGCAGAGACCAGACUGACCCAGAAUGGACAAACGCUUAUGUUUAAAAGAGCUGAUUCAUAAUCUAGAAAGUUAAGGCAAGAUAUGAUGAGAAUGACAGAGGAGGACAUGAGGCAUACAUUGGCUUUGUUCCUUUUUCUAAUGCUUUCAUAAAUUAGAAUGCUUUUAUCAAUGUAAUGUUUGUUCACUUCUGUUAUGCAUUGUAAAUUUCAAAGUUAUUAAACCAUAGAUGUC